GCCCCUCCCCGCCAUCGCGACACUGCCCCCUGUGGUGACUCACUCCGGAUCGGAUCGUUUAAAUACCGGGAGCUCCAGGGGAGCCGCACUCAUGCUGCAGCCUUGAGCCGCCCCAAGGACUCUUCCCCCCUCCCUCUGGUCAACGGCGGGCGAGGCCAUGCCGCUGAAGCAUUAUCUCCUCUUGUUGGUGGGCUGCCAGGCCUGGAGUGCAGGGCUGGCCUACUAUGGCUGCCCCAGCGAGUGUAGCUGCUCCCGAUCCUCCCAGGUGGAGUGCACAGGGGCCCGCAUUGUGGCUGUGCCCACCCCCCUGCCCUGGAAUGCCAUGAGCCUGCAAAUCCUCAACACCCACAUCACUGAGCUCCCCGAGGCCCCCUUCCUCAACACUUCGGCCCUCAUCGCCCUGCGGAUCGAGAAGAACGACCUGUCGCAGAUCAUGCCUGGGGCCUUCCGCAACCUGGGCUCGCUGCGCUACCUCAGCCUCGCCAACAACAAGCUGCAGGUUCUGCCCAUCAGCCUCUUCCAGGGCCUGGACAACCUGGAGUCGCUCCUGCUCUCCAGCAACCAGCUGAUGCAGAUCCAGCCAGCACACUUCUCGCCAUGCGGGAACCUCAGGGAGCUGCAGCUGCACGGCAACCACCUGGAGUACAUCCCUGACGGCGUCUUCGACCCCUUAACCAGCCUCACCAAGCUCAACCUGGGCAAGAACAGCCUCACCCACUUGUCCCCCAGGGUCUUCCAGCGCCUAGGCAACCUCCAGGUCCUGCGGCUAUACGAAAACAGGCUCUCGGACAUUCCUAAGGGCACCUUCGACAGGCUGAACAGCCUGCAGGAGCUGGCCCUGCAGCAGAACCAGAUCGGCACGCUCUCCCCAGGGCUCUUCCACAACAACCGCAACCUGCAACGGCUCUAUCUGUCCAACAACCAGAUCUCGCAGCUGCCCCCGGGCAUCUUCAUGCAGCUGCCCCAGCUCAACCGGCUCACGCUCUUUGGGAACUCCCUCAGGGAGCUGUCGCCAGGGAUCUUCGGGCCCAUGCCCAACCUGCACGAGCUCUGGCUCUAUGACAACCACCUCACCUCACUGCCUGACAAUGUCUUCAGCAACCUGCCCCAGCUGCAGGUGCUGAUCCUCAGCCGCAACAAUAUCAGGCACAUCUCGCCGGGCGCCUUCCAGGGGCUGCCGGAGCUGCGGGAGCUGUCACUGCACACCAAUGCGCUGCAGGAGCUGGACCCCAGCGUGUUCCGUGCACUUGCCAGCCUGCAGAACAUCUCUCUGCAGAACAACCGCCUGCGCCAGCUGCCCAGCGGCAUCUUCACCAACGUCAACGGCCUCAUGACCAUCCAGCUGCAGAACAACCAGCUGGAGAACCUGCCCGUGGGCAUCUUUGACCACCUGGACAACCUAUGUGAGCUGCGGCUCUAUGACAACCCCUGGAGGUGCGACUCGGGCAUCCUGCCUCUGCGCAACUGGCUCCUGCGCAACCAGCCCCGUCUGGGGACCGAUAGCCUCCCCAUAUGCUAUAGCCCUGCCAAUGUCCGUGGACAGUCCCUCGUCAUCAUCAACGUCAAUGUGCAAGCCCCCAGCGUCCAGGCCCCGGCCAUGUCUGAGGUGCCCACCUACCCUGAGACCCCCAGCUACCCCAACACUCCAAGCUACACCGAAACCACCUCUGUCUCCUCCACCACUGAGCUCACCAGCACUGCGGAGGACUACACUGACCUGACUACCAUCCAGGUCACUGAGGACCGAGGCACGUGGGGCAUGACUCGGGCCCAGAGUGGGCUGGCCAUCGCCGCCAUUGUCAUUGGCCUCGUUGCCCUGGCCUGCUCCCUGGCUGCCUGCAUCUGUUGCUGCUGCUGCAAGAAGAGGAGCCAUGCAGUCCUGAUGCAGAUGAAAGCACCCAACGAGUGCUGAAGAGGCAGGUGCCUCUGCUGGGGUCUGCAGAGCCAGCCCACACCCCACUCUGGGCCCAGAGCAAGGUGCCCACCUCCUCUUCACCUGGUGGUACUCCUGUCUCCCUAGGAGAAGCAGGUCUUGUGGGAGCAUCCUACCACCCGGGCAGUUCCAUCAGCCAGGGCUCCAGCACUGUGGGAUUUUCCAUAGAUAUGGGAGAGUGGGCUUCCUUAAAGAAAGCUUUCCUUCCAAAUGCUCCGUGGACUCCUCCUAGAACACCCUUUCCCGUGCCUCCUGAAGCCUCUGUAGACUCAGUGCAAUGCCUGCCCACUUUGUGGGAACAGUUCUCUACCCUGACAGCCCCUCUCCCAAGUAUCUGUACGUUGAUUUCCCUUCUCCUGCUCCUCUUCUUCACAGCAUAGCUCUCCCCAUCCCCCCAUCCCUCCACUGAAACAGCUCUCCUUGCUUCCCUGCUCCUGAAGGCAGAAUGAGUUCUCUCUUCAAAGAAGGUUUCACACUGCCUGGCUGAUUUUGUAAGAGUUGUCAUGUGCCCUGGUUUCCUGGAUGUUAUAAAGAGCAACAGCAAGCCAGGCCACUCAGUCCCUGGAGUCAGAGCCCUGCCAAAGGCAGUGACUGCUGUCUGGAAGGGGAACACAGGUAGUGCAGCUAGCUCAGCCUCUCUAGAGAAUCAUCCUUCCUCACUGCAAAUCAUGCUUUGGACACUCUAGCCCAUUAAGGAAUAGAGUCAGGUAGAAGCCUGGCCCCUAACAUAUUAACAUCAGCUUAUUGGUACUGGAGAGAGCAGUACCAAUGGAGAGAGCAGCUGGUACUAGGGGUCCUUGUGCUCACCCCUAGAGUUUUCCACCUUUAAACGUUAUAUCAAAAUAUAGUACACAUCCAUAGAAGUGGGGACAUGAGAGUGUGUGGUCUGGAGCAUGGUCCUAGACUGUGCAUCUGUGUGUCAGCGUUCAGAUGGAGAAACAGGACAUCACCAGUCUUCUCCAUUCUGAGCUGUGACUUGGGAAGACUGGGGUUGGUGGGGAGUGAGAUGGAUUUUUCUAGAGAUUGGCUUCUCACAUGCCAGGGAGGGUCCCUCAUUGCUCUUCCUUCCCUACCCCCCACAACCCUCUCAGUUAACCUUUGAAAAGGCCCACCUGCAAGACUAGAGGAGGUGAGGCCCUACUGUGGCCUGGACAGGGCAUUUCAUUAAAUCGUAAGUUUCUAAGUCACCCAGGAAAGCCAGGUCAGCAUCCCAAUUACAGAGACCUGUGCAACCACACACCCUGCCAACAUGUGGUCUGCUUCUCACUGAAGGCUCUUCUGUUUGGGCCUUUUGUGGGCAUGUCAUGCCUAUAUCUGUUUUCAAACUUCACUUUCCAUUUUGGGGAAACCCAGCAACUCCUCUAAGGUCACGGUGAAAUUCUUCCUCAACAGUUCCCAUCAGCAAGUGACUGACCAUCAGAAUUUCCAAGCACAGAAGGCAAUGUCAGGGUCUGUAGAUAGGCCAUAUGGUGCCUGGGGUCUUCCUGGAACCCCUUCUGCCUGUGGUUCCAUUUGUGGAGUUGUAUUGUGUGGUACAGGGUUAUUUUCAUUCUUGAAUUAUAGUUACAUUCACAUC